UACCAAUUUUCUCUUUCGCGCACGGCCACGGCGCCAUGCCGCUCCUCGCCCGCGCACCGCCGCCCCACCACUCACGCCCUCUCCACGCCGCCACCGACGGGCUCCUUCCACGCUCGGCUUCGGCGGGCGAGCCCCGCCGCCGCGUUCCCCUGGCCCCCCGUGCUCGCAUCCGCGUACGUGUCUCCAACUCCGACCCUCCGCAGCAGCAGGUCAACCUCUCCGUGCUCCGCUUCACCCUCGGGAUCCCGGGCCUGGACGAGUCGUACCUCCCGCGGUGGAUAGGCUUCGGCUUCGGCGCGCUCGUCGUCCUCAACCACCUGCUCUCCCCGUCCCCCACGGCCGCGCAGCUGAGGUCCGAGGCUCUGGGGAUGUGCCUGGCCGCGUUCUCGGCGACACUGCCGUUCCUCGGGAGGUUCCUAGAGGGCGCUGAUGCUGCCAGCCGUGUGCCGUUGCCCGGGGGGAGCAGGCAGGUGUUCGUAAUGCCUGAGAACCUGUCAGCGGUGCAGAAGGAGGAUGUGGCCUGGGCGUCUUACGUCCUGCUUCGGAACACAAACACCACAUCUGUGCUCAUGGCAAUUGGGGAUGUGUUUUGUGUACGAGGAUACUGGGAUCCACCUGCAAAUACUUCAAAAUAUGCCAUGAUUGAGUGGUUCAAAAGUCAAAUGCAGCAAGUAGGACUUGUUGAUUUGAGGGAUAAUUUGUACUUUCCUAAUUCCUCGGAUUCUCAGCUUGCGAAGAUUCUACCAGAUGGGAUUCUUUGUGUGUUUGUUCAACCAGUCCUUAGGAGUCCUGAUCUAGCUAAUGGUGAAGCAAAAACUGAAGGUGUCAUCCUGUUAGCCUCCAAUGCAAAUUAUGCAUAUACUGAGAAAGAUAGGGUCUGGAUAAGAACAGUUGCAAACAAAUUUCGAAGUGCCUAGGUCAGUGAUACCUAAGGUAUUCUGACAUCUUCAAACGAGAUAUCCCUUCUUAUUUUCUGCAUUAUAUUCUUUCAGUAUCACUUAAGAAGAUAUUGUGUUUCCUGGACAAGACAAUUUAUCCAUCUCUUUUUUUAUAUAUAUAGAGAACAGCACUGCAUCACUAUUGUUUUUC